UUGAGGGUUUCGGUGGAAACUAGACCAGUGUUUUCUCUGUGGUGAUAGUAUCGAAAUUAUACAUAUUCACAACUGACAGAUUUUUUUAAAAAACUUCUUGAGCACCAAACCAAAUUAAUUAUCUGGAGCGAAUUGAACUAAGGUUUGAAAAUUAAUUAUUUCAACUGAUUCUCAAUUCAAUCUUGUAAUGGCUCAGUGGGCAUAGUUGAGAGACCUAUAUGCCAGUUUCAACUGACUCUAAAAAACCAAACAUAAACAAUGGGAAAACAUGAAGUAGGCACACCAAAAUAUAUUGCUAAUAAAAUCAAAGCCAAAGGUUUGCAAAAGUUACGCUGGUACUGUCAAAUGUGUCAGAAGCAGUGCCGUGAUGAAAAUGGUUUCAAAUGUCAUACAAUGUCCGAGUCUCAUCAUCGUCAGCUGUUACUCUUUGCUGAAAAUGCUCACAAAUAUAUGGAUGAAUUCUCAAGAGAGUUUUCGAAAGGAUAUUUAAAUUUGUUAAAACGACAAUUUGGCACAAAAAGAGUGCCAGCAAAUAGAGUGUAUCAAGAAUAUAUAGCAGAUAGAGGACAUAUUCACAUGAAUGCUACUCAAUGGCUUACAUUGACAGCAUUUGUAAAAUGGCUUGGGCGUACUGGCCAAUGUUUGGUUGAUGAAACAGAAAAAGGUUGGUACAUUACAUAUAUUGACAGAGAUCCUCAGACACUUGCUAUGCAAGAGAAAAAAGCAAAGAAAGAAAAAAUGGACAAGGAUGACGAGGAACGUGAAAUGGAUUUUAUAGAAAAGCAAAUAGAAAGAGCUAAGCAAGUUGCAAAAAAAGACGAGGAUGAGAUAUGUAAAACACCACUUUUACGACCUGAGAAAGACACACCUUUAGUUCUCGACAUAAAGUUGAAACCAAAACCAAAAUUACUUCCUGUAAUAAAACAGGAAGAGAUAAAAAAUGAAAAAGACAACGGUUCGAGCAAACUGUUUCAUGAAAAGGCUGAAAAAUCAAAAAGAUUCAAUAGCAACAAUGAAACAGCGUCUGCCAAAAAGUUGAAGAUUGACAGCAGUCCUGUAUCUCAAGGAUGGCUCAAAAAAGGUUUAAUGGUUAAGAUAAUCACAAAAAGUCUAGGUGAAAAAUAUUAUAAAGCAAAAGGUAUAGUCCAAUCUGUUGGAGAAGACAGUUUCGUCGGUAAAGUGAAACUUACAACUCCUGAAGAAGUUAGUGGACAUGUUAUACGAUUGGAUCAGGAAUACUUGGAAACAGUAAUUCCUGCAAUCGGCAAAGAUGUUCUGAUUCUUUGGGGAAAGCAUAAAGGAAACAUAGCAAUAGUGAAGAAACUACAUAUAGAGCGCUACAGUAUAGAUGUGGAACUUCAGAAAGAUAAGAGAAUUGUAGAAAUGCUUCCAUACGAACAAGUAUGCAAAUUUGUAGAUUGAUGAAAAAGUUGUGUAAAAAAAGGACAAUAGAAAAUAUAUAUUUCAGUCGACAAUGUUCUAUAUUCCUUGUGUCCUAAAGAGCACCUGUGUACAAAUGUAAAAUUAAUGGGGUGAAAUAUACAUAUAACACUUUA